ACUGUAGAUACCUAUACCGGCUUUGAAAGUACUAUUGUUUCCAGAUAGACAAGUCUAGGUCAAGUUAUACGAAGUUAUAGAUAAGCUUAAUUAUAGUUGACAAGCAAUUUUAUUAUAACCACACAAGCAAGUGACUUGAUUAUUAUGAAGUCCAUUACACUAAAAGAAGUAAGUAGAGUUAUAUCCACUAUACAAGAAGAUAUGCAUAUUUAACCUCUAAAAUUUAGUUACAGACUCUGUAACUGUAACAGAGUGAAUAGUCACCGAGAUUCAUGAGGGUACAAUUUUAAAAAAAAAUCACAAACUCACAAACAAAGUCAAAGAUUUCAAACUUUCAUUCAAAGAUGAAAAUUAGUUGACCCUGGCCUGGCCUUAUUUGUAUAUUCAUGUUAAUAAACAAUAAAUUGGCACAUCGAAAUAAUUAUAAUCUGAAAUAAUCACAUAGUUGAAAUAGUAUAGUAUAAUAAUAAUAUAAUAUAAUAUAACCACUGUGGGAUUAAGAUCUAUAGAGGCCUCCGUAACAAGGGUCUCAAGCCCCAAGACAGACAAAAUUUUGCCUCCCCUCUUGAGCCUCAAUAGAAUUAUAAAUUCUCACCAAUCUCUGUGGGCACUUUGGCCUUUGGAUGCAAUAUCAGUAAAUGUGCAGUUAUCCGUUAACCGCAUGGGUUUUUCCAAGAGUUGUCUCAUCCUAAGCGCAGUGAUGUCACUUUGGGAAAUCCCAACAUUGGACUUGGGGUGACUGGACCAAAGAUUGGAUCUGAACGAUGUGAAGGAUAAAUUUCCGUUUUUCACUGAGCAUUAUUCACGUUAAAAACACAAUCUGACGAUCCAUCCUAUUAUGAAAUUUUCCCUUUGGUUUUUAUUAAAAUUCAACACGCAGAUGUAGUGUUGACACAACUCUGAUUUCACAUUACAAGUGACCACAAGACAGCCAGUUAUUUUUCUCAGUAAUGUGUGUGUAAACAAAAAAAUAUCGCUCGACACACAAGAUGGAAAAGCUACUGGAGAGAAAAUCUUUAAGAAAAUGGAUUCUUGCUUUGCGAUGACUACCACUAUAUACAGUUACCACACUGAAAAUUUACGUAAAUAAACAACUGAAGCUUGUAAAGAAAUGUCUUGUCUUUACGCAGGCAUAUUUUCAGAUAGAAAUAUCAAAAAACAAGUUAGCAUAAGUGCAGAUCUCAUAAUAUGGUUAUUUAAUACAGGUCAGAAGCUGGUACUUGCCUGUUCUAAAGAUAGUUAUCAACUUCUACAAUGAUCGUAUAAAAAAGGACAAAUUGACCUUGCUGUGUGGAAUACUCUCUAAGCACAGCCAAUUAGGGCAGUUGCAAAAUUAUGAUAAAAGGUUUGAUUCAGUUUUGCACACAGCUUUAUGUUGACUUCCGUUAAUUACUUUUUUCUUCAUUGUUUUCUGUAACAGUCCAAUGUAAAAAAUGUCAUUGCUUUACUUUAAACUUUAUAUUACUUUAUAUCUAUAGCCUAUAAUCAACUAGCUGCAUUUCCCAAUCUUUCAAGUUUGGCGGGCUUGUGCACAAGUUGUGAAAUUCCACUAGAGACCUGUUCCAGAUUUAUAAAUUGUAUUUUCUUUUAUUUAACCAUAAAUAUUUAUAUUGUGAGAAUAGGCAGGGUAAGGCUCACGGACCGAUACUAGUCUGCAGACCGCUAUUUGGGGAAUGUUGGACCAUUGCAUAUUUUUUCUUAACUACUUUAACAGGCUGUUCUUCAGCUGAAAAAAGGACUUACCACUGCACAAGAGAUUUGCAUUGCGUGUCAACAAAGGCUUCAUAAAACAAACAAAUUAAACAUGUUUGUAACUGAAACAACCAGUGGAGAAUUACAAAAGCAAAUUCAAUCUUCUAACAAAGCAUACAUUGAAGGUAAAAUAUCAUAAUAAUAAAAAAUAUUUCAUUUAGGUCUCAUCUCUAUUCAUUACUUAAAUUAUAGAGUCCAUGAAUAGUUAAAAUUAAAAUAUUGAACGCUUAAAACUGAAUAAUAUUCAUUAAUUUUAAAGGUGCAGCAAAACCUUUAGAAGGUAUACCUAUAGCAUUCAAAGAUAAUUUCUGCACAAAAGGAGUUCGCACCACAUGUGGAUCUAAGAUGCUUCAGAAUUAUAUACCACCUUAUGAUGCUACCAUGGUUACCAAAUGUAAACAGGCUGGAGGUAUCGUGAUGGGAAAAACAAACAUGGAUGAAUUUGCUAUGGGGUGAGCACUAUUUUUUAUCUUGGUGUAUUUAGUAUUUAUAAUAGUCUCUGACAAUAUUUUAUAAAGACCUUUAUCAUCAGCUUAACUUAAAUAAUUUGAAAUUAUUUAGUCUUAUCUGGAAACACAAAACUAUUUUACUAUUUUUUUAUUAUUACAAAUAUUAUGAGCUGCUUCUGGUUAAUAUACAAGUACUAUUAAGAAUUGAAAUGAGGGCUGUUUAACUUUGGAAUGCAGUUUCAUACUUUCAUAAAUAAUUUUGUAUUUCUUCUUUAGAAAUUGUAUAUUUGCUAAUCUUUUAUGACUGCUAAAAGGUUAUUAUCUGACACAAAUAGGACUCACAAGCCACCUGCAUACUCUUUGCGAAGGACGAACAAAAAAACAAACAAUUGUCUCAGAAAAAACUAUGUCAAAAAAUGAAAUACUUGAUUUAAUAAGAUUUAUGUUUACACAUGGAACGUUUAAAGAUUUAAUCUGCUACUGAAUGGAAAAAGAAUUUUAUGAAUUCUCUUUUGCUGUCCUUAUUAUUAUUUUUUUAAAAUGUAUAUAUAAUGAUGAUAAAACUAAGUGUUACCAUACUAGUCUCUUUAUUUCAGAUCAGGAAGUUUAGACAGUUGUCAUGGCCCUGUUAUAAAUCCAUGGAACCUGGUAGUUUCCCCACACAUUCAUUCUGAACUUUCUCAAAACUCUCCUGCUGAAAGUGAUGACACUGCAAGUUUGAAUGAGCCUGAUUGGUAUAUAUCUGGAGGAAGCUCAGGAGGAAGUGCUGCUGCAGUUGCGGCUGGUGCUUGCUUAGCGUAUGUAAAUUGACAUGUUUUUGUUUGGGAAAUAGGGAAGGGAAGAUAAUGGUGUCAAUAUUACUAGAUUUUAACAUUUCUAUGAAAACAAAGAGCUUUCAAAUUUUUUGCCAAAAGUUAGAUGAAUGAACAAAUGAAGCAAGUUUUCAGUUAUAUAAAAUUGCUUAACACAGUUAAAAUUAAAUUUCUGUUCAUGUUCAUUUGAUAUCUUAAAAUUUAAAAGAAAAAGAUGAUUGCCUACAAAAAUAUGAUAAUUAUCUCUACAGUGCCUUUGGCUCAGACACUGGGGGCUCCACAAGAAAUCCUGCAAGCUACUGUGGAGUCGUUGGUUUUAAGCCUACUUAUGGCUUGUUGUCUCGGCAUGGACUUAUUCCUCUUGUUAAUUCAAUGGAUGUUCCUGGCAUUUUAACUAAAACAGUUGAAGACAGCGCUUUAGUUUUAAGUAUGUAAUAAAUUAGUAUCUGUCUGAUAAAAUCUAUGUUCAGAUCUAUGUUAAAAUAAUCAACUAAUUUCUUACCAGUAUUAAUUUUUUAAUUUCAAAGAUUAACUAGAUUUUUACAUUUGAGAGAGUAAAAAGGCAACCCCCCCCCCAAUUGAUUAAAUGUAAAUAAAUAAGCUCUGAUAUUUAUAAAUAUAUUCUGUACUGUAGGACAAAAUUAAAAAUAUUGAUGCAUAAUUAAUUACGAUACUUGGCAGAAUAAAUGUGUUCUCGAUGAAGAAUUGGCCAAUGGAAAGAAAAUAGUACUGGUACAGUACUUGAAAGAAUUGAAUGAAAAAAAAAAUAUAAUAGGAAUGAAAAUUGAUUGGAAGUAUUAUAUGGCUUGAAGGGUAUAUUCUUUUUACUUAAGUUGAGCACUUGCCAACCAUAAAACUUAUCAAUUUCAUACCUUAUGUGAUAAACAAAUAUGGCUUCCACCCUAUCAAAAUUACUUACAAUUUGUACGAAAUAUGUUUUGGUAAUUGAUAAUUAAUAUCCUUAUCAGAUUCUGUCGCUGGUCAUGACAUACUUGACUCAACUACAUUUACUGAAGCGUACACUCCUUUUAUCAUCAAGGAAGAUUUAGAUUUAUCAAAAGUUCAUAUUGGAAUUCCCAAGGUGACUUUAUUUUUAUGUAUUGUCUUAGAUGAAGGAAAGAGUUUUCCAUUUAGAAAACAGAUAUAAAGAAAACACAUAAUCCCUCUUGGUGGCAUUCUGUUACUCUAUUAUAAAUUUUGUGUAUUCAAGCCAGUUUUGAAUUUGGAUAGGCUAAAACUCAUUUUUUCCAAAUUAGGUAAUGUUUAAAAUGAGACAAUUUUUCUUCAAAAUUAUGAUUAAAUAGAUUAUUGGUCUUCUUUUUUUCAAAAUUAGAUGCUUACUCUGUAACAUAAAAACUUUUAAUUUCUAAUAUUUCUUCUAAUACUGCCAAUCUAACGGAACAAUGGUGACUGCAAUAUUUUCUCUACUACCAAUAAAUUUGUGUACUUCAGGAAUUUCAUGCCCCAUCUUUAUCUGAAGAAGUUCUAAUGUUGUGGAGAAAGACAGCUGAUAUGUUUGAAAAAGCAGGUGCCAAAGUCUCCCAAGUUUCAAUGCCCCAUGCACAGCUCUGCAUUAUUUGUUAUCACGUCUUGUGUUGCUGCGAGGUGGCUUCAAACUUUUCCAGAUAUGAUGGAAUUGAAUUUGGUAAUUUUGACAUUUGUACAAUUUUAAAGGCAAAAAUAAUGCAGAAUUUUAGAGUAGUGAGUAUAUUGAUUUAUUCAAAUGUUUACUCAAAGUUUGUAAAUAGAAAUAGAAUAAAGGUAAAAAUGAAAUUACUGCUAUUUCAAAAGUCUCAGCUUUAUGAAAAUAUAAUAUUGUUCUAUAUGAUUUUUUUUUUUUUUGGUAUUUGAGAUUUAGACUUAACAUUUAUGCAUAUUUUUAUAAAUAAUCCAACAAGGGUUAAGAGAUGGAAGUGAGGAAUCUACAGAGGAACUCUAUGCAGGAAGCAGACACAAAGGCUUCAAUGGUGUUGUGCGUGGAAGAAUUCUGGCUGGCAAUUUCUUUUUAUUAAAAAAGUAAAAUUUCUAAUGCUAGAUUUUACUUCAGCUUGCUCAUACUUUAAAAAAAAAAUAUUUUCACUGUCCUGAGUAUUGUAAAGAAAAUAUUUUAACCUUGUUAAAGUAGUUAUUUAACUUCUUAACCUCUUGACCCUUUAUAUGGGAAAUCUUAUGUAAGUAUUUUAAAGUGUUUUACAACAAAAAAAAACACAUCUAUCUGUUGUUUAUUUUAGGAACUAUACAAAGUUUUUUCUGAAGGCACAAAAAGUACGUAGACUAAUCAGCAAUGACUUCAGACAAGUAUUUUCCACUGGAGUCAACUUGUUAUUGACACCCACAACACUGACUGAUGCGCCACUCCACAGCUGGUUCAGUAAACAAGACAACAGAACUAGAUGUGAGGAACAGGAUAUUUUUACCACACCAGCAAAUAUGGCAGGUUGGUUUGUCCUUAAAAGUUAAUACUACAUAUUUUCCUGUUAAUUAUUUGCUGUGCAUUCUUUUUUUAAAGUUUAUUUUAAUCUAUCCCAGCCCUGUGGCGCUUCAGCCCAUUUAAGACUUUAGUCUUCCUCACCACUUCCUUACACUCUGACGUGAUGCUUUUAUUUUCCAUUCCAUGUCUGGAUUCUUAGCUGCUGUAAAUCUUUUUCCACAUCAUCUAUCUAUUUAAGCCUUUGUCUGCCUUUGGGCAGUUUUUCUCUAGGGUUUUGGUUGUGCACCCUCUUCACUCCUCUGUCUGCCUUAUUAAGUGUCCAGCCCAGCCUGCCCUUUUUUAUUUCUGCUACCAGCGUUGGAAUCCUGAUAUAAUCCAUACAAUUUCUGUUUGGUUUGUUUCUUCGGUGGUCCAUUUAUUUUAAGUUUUAUGUUUUUUUAUUUCACAAUUUAGAAUUAAGUAUCGACGGUAGUGUUACCGGUACUUAGAAAAUAGAAGCGGUAGUCCUUUCACCUUAAAAAAUUAUAUGAAAAGGUAAUUUCAAUAAAACAUAGUUAACAUUCAUAACGCUAAAAUUAAAAAGUAUAACAUUACAUUAUUUCAUAUUAACUGUGGAUACAUUUCUGUUUAUGCAGUUUAUGCCAACUUGUUAAUAUGGCUAGCCAAUGUUCCUCUUGUAACAACAUGCUGCUACUGUAUUAUUUACAUGCUGACGUAAUGGGCUUUUCCUCCUCUUGGAGGUAUUUUGUUCAGCACACUUGGCAUCAUCUCUUGGCACCUCAGUAGUUUGGGACCUGUGAUUUAUUUAUUAGACUGAAUUUGAAUUUAACAUUGGUAAUUUUUCAUUUUUUUAAAUGUUUAUUUUUCUAAAUGGAGUUAUGCUCAUUGGGGUUUACAACAAAAGCAGGCUUAGCAGGCAUGAGUUAAAUAGUGUAUGGUGAAAGUUUUCAUAUCAUGCUCUUGAUAAUUUGGAAAUCUAGGAGUAAAUGAUUUAUCUUUCAGCAUACUGGUUGUACUUUUGAGUGUCACAAUAAUUUAAUUAAAAAUCAUAAAAAUAUAUGAUUUUUCAAGGUGUUCCUGCAAUGAGUCUACCGCUUGGGCUGUCCAGACAAGGCCUGCCAUUAAGUUUACAGCUGAUUGGACCACAUUUUAGUGAAUCAUUACUACUUUCUGCAGCCCACUGGUUAGAAAAAGAUGCAAAGUUUUCACACUUGGACCUAGAUUUUUUAGAGUUUUCAGAUAAAUCAUUCAGAAGAGCCUGAAUGUAAAAUAAAAUGAUCUUUACUCCUGUUAAUAAAAAUGUAAUAAAAUUGUUUUAUGCCCUAUAACUAUAAUAUUAAUUAGCUUCUAUGAAGGAAAGUAAUGUUAGCUAUCAUUAUAUUAUUUAUAAUAAAGUGAUUUAAAAUUUGUAAA